GGCGCACGCGUCUUCUGCCGGAAUCAAUAAAGGGCGCGUGUAGCCUCCGUGGGCCCAGUGUGAUGGUGAGCGUGUGCCAGUGAGGACAGCUGAGCGGGAUGUGAACCCUUGGCUGCAGCCCAGCGCGCUCUGCCAUCUACCGACAGGAUGGGCUCUGGGUGGGCGGUGGCGGUGACGGUGGUGGGCGGGGCGAGCAUCGUGGCGCUGCUGGGUCUGCUGGGACGCUACCUGGGGGUGUGGACGUGGGCCCUGGCGUGGGUGAGGGCCGCCAGGGAGGAGAAGGUGCACCUCUGCAGGACUGACCGGAACACCAGUACACGAAGUUACCUGUUCGACAGUGACCUGGACUGGAUCGGGCUGUGGCCACGCACGGGGUCGUACAAGCGCUUCACCAACCUGGACGACCUUCCCAGUGUCCCCAGCAUGGACGACUCUAUUCGCCAAGCCGACGAGCCAGACCUGCCGCCCCAGCCCCUGCGUCCCGCCCCCGCACCCCCGCCCAGGCUCCCCGGGUGGUCAGACAGCGGCGGGGAGGGGUCAGCGUCCCCGGCCAGCAGUGUGGGGGGUUUCGGGGCGGGUGUAGAGACCCCUCCAGAACCUUCCAGACCAGCGCCCGUCCUGGACCGAAGGGAUUCCAACCGCUCGCUGACUGGCAGGCUUUCCAGGAGGGACUCGAGCAAGGAACUCCUUGCGGCGUCGCAGCAGAGCAGCCCCAAGCGGCCCUCUACCAACCCUUUCCGGUCCUCCUGGGUGCCGCCUGACGAGGCCUCGGAGGCGCCGUUCGCCCAGAGCACUGUGGUGGAGGCGGCGAGGCCUAUCCAGGCUACCGAGGACCUGACACUGGUGAAGGGCGCUGACUACCACUCACCGCCCUCGUACGGGUCCACCACAGCAGGCGCGCCUCCGCCCUUCACCUACUCUGCGGUCUCCACAGCCCCACCAAGCACUGCGGCCAUCACCUCCACAGCAGCCGCGCCUUUCUAUGCCUCCUCAAGCACCGCACCUUUCAUGGCCUCACCAAGCACUGCAGUGUGCACAGCCCAGACAGGCACGGCAGCCACCACGUCUUUCUAUGCCUCCUCAAACAUUGCAGCGUUCACAGCACCAGCUAGCACUGCAGCGUUUACUCCCCCACCAAGUACCGCAGCUUUCACAGCCUCAGGAAGCACUGCGGCCACCACGUCCCCAGCAGCCACUGCGUCUUUCUAUGCGUCAUCAAGCACUGCAGCGUUCACAACCCCGCCAAGCACUGCAGCGUCCACAACACCUGCCAGUGCUACAGUCUCUACAGCACCAGCAAGCACUGUAGUGUUCACGCCCUCAUCAAGGACUGCAGCAUACACAGACCCAGCAAGGACUGCAGCCUUCACAGCCAUAACAAGCACCACAGCUUUCUCAGCCACAACAAGAACAGCAGAUUUCAUAACCCCAGCAAGCACUGGCACUGCAGGGGUCACAGUGUCAGCAAGCACUGCACCGUUACUUCCACCAAGAACUACAGCGUUCAUAGCGCCAUCAAACACUGCAGAGUUCGCAGCGCCAGCAAGCACCUCAGGGUUCACAGCGCCAGCAAGCACCACAGGGUUCACAGCGCCUGCAAGUACUGCAGGAUUCACAGCGCCAUCAAGCACUGCAGGGUUCACAGUGCCAUCAAUCACUGCAGAGUUCACAGCGCCAGCAAGCAUUACAGGGUUCACAGCGCCAGAAAGCAUUGCUCCUUUAGCUCCAGCAAGAACUACAGCGUACACAGCGCCAUUAAGCACUGCAGCGUUCACAGCACCAUCAAGCACUGCAGUGUUCACAGCGCCAGCAAGCACUGCAGCGUUCACAGCGCCAGCGAGUAUUGCAGCGUUCACAGCGCCAGCGAGUACUGCAGCGUUUACAGCGCCAGCGAGCACUGCAGCGUUCACAGCGUCAGCGAGCACUGCAGCCUUCACAGCUCUAGCAAGUAGUAGAGGUUUUACAUCCACAGCAAGCAUUGAGGCUUUCACAGCCCCAGCAAAUGCCACAGUGCUCACAACCCCAGCAAGUACCACGUCUUUCUUUGCUCCCUCAAGUACAGCAGUGUUCAGUGCCCCUGCAAGCACUGCAGCUUUCACAGCUUCAUUAAACGCCUUGUCUUUCCAAACUUCCUCCACUACCGCAGCGUCGAGCGCCCCGCCAAACACCGUAACGUUCACCGCCGCGGCGAACACUGCAGUGGUGACCGCCGCGGCAAGUACCACGUCUUUCUAUGAUUCAAGCGGCGCUCCAUUCUCGUCAGGCUCUGCGGAUCUCUCACCUUUCUCACACUCCACGCUCUCCUUCGCUUCCACUACCACGGCCGCCGCGCCGCCAGCCCCGCCACCUCAUACAGCCGCGGCCGACUCUUCCCUGUCUCAUUCCUUCUCCGGGAACCUAAUGGACCUCAACUCCCCUACCAAGCCCGAGGAGGGACAGGGCGCGGGAGACUCGAGACCACUCCUCAAUGGGCCUCGGGAAGGAGAGCGCUGGUCAGGUGAGGGGGAGGCUAAGGAGGGUGGGAGAGGAGUGAAGGCGGCGCAAGACUCCAGCUCGCCUCAGCCUCAGCAGCCACACACGAGCCUCGCGUCUCAGGCCAAUGGGGUCGUGGAGAAUAGUGACCGCGUGAAUAGUGACACCGAUAACAUAUCACAAGACAUUACGAGCCGCAAAGCAGACACUGGCGUGACCAAGAGUUACGUGUUACAAAACUAUGAAAGCCCCUCCGGGACCAACGAAGUGUUUGCGAGUGGAGCUUCCAGUGGUGUGUUCAGUUAUGAUAGGUUGAGCAGCGGGGCGAGCACCGCGGCGCCGCGCCCCGCCUUACCGAGGACUGGCGAGCCGCUCACGCCUCAGGUUUCAACGGAUCUGUCCUCACGAGACUCCGUGGGCAGUCCAGAAUUGGGGAGGAGCUAUGAGGUCCCCGCCACGCCCCCCAACACGGCCACCAACCCCUACUCGCCCCAUUCCCCGCACAUCUCCUCGCGCCUAGCGGAGGUGGAGGCGCGAAUGAAACAGCUGGGGGCCACCAUGGAGCACCCUCGUGAUACCUCGCAGGACUGGUGGCCCACGGACACCUCCUCCAGGAGGGAACAAACUCUGCAGGGCAGCAGGGACAGCGGGAAGAACACAUUUUUUGGGAGUAUGGACAGUGGUGGAGGGGAGAGGCAGCCUGGGGGACUGGGGAGAGUAGAGGAGGAGGUUUCUUCCUCCGAGCAGAGUGAGAGUGGCGUAGGUGUGCUGGGUGACAUGGAGGAAGAGGAUGAGAGCACGAGGCGGGUGCGUGAGUACAUUGCGUCCCUGAGUGCCCGCCUACGUCAGCUGCCCGACGAGGAGGACCUCAUGCAUGGCCCUCUUGACCACCUAGGCACGCCGCCCGCUUCCACCAACCUACCCAUCACGCCUCCGCACUCAGCGACAAAGUCCUUCUCUCAAGGCUCCACAGAGACGCCCCCGAGCUCAGCGGGACCUUUCAGCGCCUUCAGUAGCACCCGGGCCACGGUGAGCGGCACGCCCCCCAGCUCGGCGGGGCUCAGAGGCUCCUUCACCAGCAGGCGUGCCUCCAUGGACGCCUCGCUGUCCCCGGUGUCACCUGGUCUCGGCAUCAACCGCAGAUUGUCUCUUGACACGCCUCCAAGCUCGGCCGGGCUGGUCACCUCCACGCCGCCCAACUCCGCCGCUUCCCUCGCCACCUUCGCUGAUACGCCGCCCAGCUCCGCCGGCUACUCCAGCUCAGGGCCAAACUCCGCCGAUCUGUCAGGCAGUUUUGACGGAGGCAUGGCAGGCGGGCCAGGGCACGGACCUACGCUGAAAAGAGCUAUGUCCUGCGACUCCGUCAGUUCGGACACAUCCGUCACGCUGGGGGAGCUGGAGGACACGUUUGGCCAGGUGACGGGCCAGCUCGCCGUCCAGCUCAUCUACGACCGGGACACGGCGGAUCUGGAGGUGGUGGUGGUGGAGGGGCGUGAGUUGGUAGGGCCUGAUCCUCACGCCGCUGUGGAUUCCUACGUCAGGGUGUUCCUUCUGCCGGAUAAGUCAACCAACAUGCAGACCAGGGUGUGCCGCCGGACGAACAACCCAACAUAUCGCGAGAGGUUCCUGUUUGCCCUGGAGGAGGAGGAGCUGCCGCAGCGGUGCCUUGCCUUCUACAUGUACGCCUCCGACAAGUUCACCAACACGCUGAUCGGGGAGGCGCAGCUCAGACUCACGGAUCUUGAGCUCUCCACGCCGCUCUCCACGCAACUCACGCUUACAGACACGGGCCAGAGAGGCGUUGGUUAUGGGGAGAUCAUGUUCUCUCUCUCGUACCUUCCCACGGCGGAGCGGCUCACGGUGGUGGUGGUGAAAGCGCGCAGCCUGCAGUGGACCGGUGACAAGACCACCGCCGACCCCUUUGUGAAGGUGUACGUGCUGCAGAAUGGCAAGAAGGUGAUGAAGAAGAAGACCAGUGUGAAGAAGGACACUCGCUCCCCAGUGUUUAAUGAGGCCAUGAUCUUCAGUGUCCCUGCUCCUGCCCUCCAUAACAUCCAGCUGCGCGUGACGGUAGCAGAACACAGCAGUGACGGACGCCAGGCACUCGCUGUGGGCCAUGUCAUCGUGGGCACCCAAGCCACAGGCAAGGCACUCUCCCACUGGAACCAGAUGAUGUCAGCCCUUAGGAAACCCAUAGGCAUGUGGCACCCUCUGAGGCGGUAAUGACACCUUGGCAGCAAGUAGGGGUGACAUUUGUUGUGUAUACUAAUUGUAACAUCCAUUCCAUGACAUUCACCUUUGUGACAUUCAUUCUGAAUUGUCAGCACUUACAAAUAGCAGGUAAAGUAAUUUAUUAUCCUAUAAACAUGUAUCUUGCUACUCCACUUCAGUCAGGCAUCAUAUGUACGCAUUUCUAAUACCUUUGUCUGUUGUCCAGACUGUAUAAUUCUAAAGAUUUAUGGGGUGUUGUUAUUGGGGUAAGUAGGAUUUUACAGGGAACUGAUUUGUUAUGAUGGAUUGAGUGUCAGAGUGCCAAGCCAGGGAAAGAGUGUGAUAUGGCACCAUUUGAUACUGUAGUUUGGCACUUUUUAGGCUAGAUAAGAUGCAACAUACAAACUGUCUCUCUCUCUCUCUCUCUCUCUCUCUCUCUCUCUCUCUCUCUCUCUCUCUCUCUCUCUCUCUCUCUCUCUCUCUCUCUCUCUCUCUCUCUCUCUCUCUCUCUCUCUCUCUCUCUCUCUCUCUCUCUCUCUCUCUCUCUCUCUCUCUCUGAGUCUUGUGUUUGGAAGCCUAACAGAAAAGCACUGAGCUUAAAUGUUGUUUGUUGUGUUGUGAUAUUGCCUGUGUUCCCUGAUACUGUGAAUGUACCUUAGUCCUAUAACACUUGGAGGGGAUAAGAAAAGACACUGCAGCAAGGUGUCACUUCUAUACACAAAGACUGAUGAUUUGUAUUGAAAUUUUUAGCUCCAACUCUACACUAGACAUAGUGACACACCUCUAAAUAAAGACUACAUGGGAGUCUGGGAGGGUUGUAGCAUGAGAUUUUUCCUGUUCCAUAACAAGCAGAUUGAUAUAAAUGGCACAAGUAUUGUUAUUGUUUAAUGUUUUGAUUAUUGCUGCCUCUGUCAGGGUAGCAGAACACCUUGCAAUGAUUCUCCAUCACUAAAUGGAUAUAACAAGAUUCUCUCUCUCUCUCUCUCUCUCUCUCUCUCUCUCUCUCUCUCUCUCUCUCUCUCUCUCUCUCUCUCUCUCUCUCUCUCUCUCUCUCUCUCUCUCUCUCUCUCUCUCUCUCUCUCUCUCUCUCAUAAAUUAACUUCUUUUUUUUUAUAAAGAGGAUUCACAACCAGGUUGCAAAAUUCUGGCAGGAACCAGAACCUACUACAAUUUACAAUUUGAAAAAGGUUCUGGCUGGUUCCAGACACACACACACACACACACACGAUACUAAGUGUGCAUAGUUUUAAAGAAUAAUUGGAUAAAUGUAAAUAUGGAGACGGGGCCACACAAGCAUAAAGCCCAGGCCCUGUAAAAC